UGGCGCCGGAAGCGGAGGAGCCCGGAAGGAGUAACGUGAACGUUUUGGUCUCGUCAACUCUAGAUGUGGCUUCAUCCUUCCCUCCUGCUCUCGUGGGCGUGUCUCAGCGUGCGUUCACGUUGGUCUCCGCCCCUCUUUGCGACACCUGUACCCACCUCGGUCGCCUACAAGCCGAAAAAAAAUCUUAGCUCACGGACCCGCCCCAACCAGUUGGGAAAAGUACUUUCCGCCAGAAACGCCUCCCUUCGCGGCGUCCUCAACAGGCCUUGUAGGAAAAAGACUUAUAGAAGCAAGCCUUUCCUCGUACACACCAGUGAGCGGAUCUGCAAAGCAGGGAUAUUUGAGGUUCCAUCCCAUUUGGAAUUAAUGCGGCCCAUAUUUGGACUCUAGGGAAUUUGACUUACGUUGGGAAUUUAGUAGAACACUUUGAGUCAGGAUUGUUCACUUGGGGAGACAGUACAGAUUUGUGUCUUUUGACCUUAGUUGCACAGUCUUCGCUUUUGGAUGAUCUUUUAUCAUAUCUGAAGCUCCUCCUUUAAUCCUAUUUUCACUAUUAACAGGAAUGUGAUAAUGCGGGUGUGCUGGUUGGUGAGACAAGACAACUUGUACCAGCGAAUCAAACUUCCACAUUUGGAAGCAGUUAUGAUUGGGCGUGGCCCAGAGACCAAGAUCACUGAUAAGAAAUGUUCUCGACAGCAAGUACAGUUGAAAGCAGAGUGUAACAAGGGAUAUGUCAAGGUAAAGCAGGUUGGAGUCAAUCCCACCAGCAUUGACUCAGUCAUAAUUGGAAAGGAUCAAGAGAUGAAGCUGCAGCCUGGUCAGGUUCUCUACAUGGUGAAUGAACUUUAUCCAUAUAUUGUAGAGUUUGAGGAAGAGGCCAAGAACCCUGGCCCAGAAACACACAGGAAGAGAAAGAGGUCAGGCAAUGGUAAUUCUGUAGAAAGGGAUGCUGUCCAGGAAGCUGAGCCUGGGACAGGGGUGGAAUCUGGGAGCAGCCCCAGACCAUGCUCUAUGGCCCCUCAAAAGGAGAAAGAUGCAUCUAACAAAAAGGACUCACUGGGCCAUUGGAGUCAAGGCUUGAAAAUUUCUAUGCAGGACCCCAAAAUGCAGGUUUACAAAGAUGAGCAGGUAGUGGUGAUUAAGGAUAAAUAUCCUAAGGCUCGUCAUCACUGGCUGGUCUUACCAUGGGCCUCCAUUUCCAGUCUGAAGGAUGUGACUAGGGAACACUUUGAACUCCUCAAGCACAUGCACACUGUUGGGGAAAAGGUGAUUGCAGAUUUUGCUGGAUCUAGCAAACUCCGCUUCAGAAUGGGCUACCAUGCCAUUCCCAGCAUGAGCCAUGUACACCUACAUGUGAUCAGCCAAGAUUUUGAUUCUCCUUGCCUUAAAAACAAAAAACAUUGGAAUUCUUUCAAUACAGAAUACUUCCUAGAAUCAGAAGCUGUGAUCAAGAUGGUACAAGAGUCUGGCAGAGUGACUGUUCGAGAUGGGAUGUCUGAGCUCUUGAAACUGCCCCUUCGUUGUCAUGAGUGCCAGCAGCUACUGCCUACCAUUCCUCAGUUGAAAGAGCAUCUCAGGAGGCACUGGACAAAGUGAUUCUGCAGAUCCUGAACUUCUGCCACAAGUGUGACUGAUGGGAAUGAACUUGCUAGCACCUGUUUUGGGUUGCUUGUGAAUAUUUUCUCAUUUCCCAAAUUAAAACAUGCAGUUUUUUACAAA